UCGUUGCUUCUGUUAAGUUCGAUAAGUAGCAGUGCAUUCUUUGUUACUAUGACACAUUUGGUAAACAAACUUCUUAUCGCACGUGUUCUGGCCAAUAAUCACCACACAAACGUUGACAAUAUUGAGGUGCAAACCUCAGAUGUAAAGCUUUCUUCAACGAAUGGAGAGAAUUUUUGCAGCGAUAUCUAUGUAGCAAAAGUCACUUACAAACUGAAUGGCAAUGAUUUGCAGAGUUCGUUUAUUGUGAAAAUUAUGAGACCGGAAAUAGCAGAAAUUGGCACAAACGAAGAACAGAUGUUCACAAGAGUGUUGCCAACUAUGGAGGAAUUUUUUAAUAGAUUGCGUAAUGCGAAAAAUAAAUUGUAUCCCAGAUGCUUCCUUACCGAAAAGGUCGAUGGUCAUGAAUUCUAUGUUUUGGAAGACUUGAAUACAAUGGGCUAUUUUUGUGCCGAUCGCAUUAGGGGCUUGGACGAAGCCCAUGCUCGUUUGCUUAUGCAAAAAAUUGGGCAAUUUCAUGCAGCUUCUUUGAUGUAUGAGAAAAAGUUUCCCGAAAUUGUCAAUAGCCUUGGAAAAUCACAUUUCGCAAAUGGUGCCACAGAUGUUGUAGCAGAGGCUAUAGCUUUUGGUGGAAUGGAAUAUGUGGCAAAUAUGAUAGAAACUUGGGCGGGCUACGAGCAGUUAUCAAGCAAAAUACGAAGUCUUUCCGCAAGAUUUAAUGACAAGGUGAAGAAAGUGGUAGAUCCCCAGAAUAGUGUGGUCAAUGUUAUCACACAUGGAGAUCUAUGGGUCAAUAAUGUGCUGUUUAGAAACGAAGCGGAUACAAAACACCCAAUAGAUGUGCUAUUUGUAGAUUUUCAGAAUUCAUUUUGGGGAGGCUGUGGCUAUGAUUUAAAUUACUUCAUCUAUACAAGUUUACAAUUACCAGUGCUAAAGGAGAAACGUUUAGAGUUAAUCGAAGCUUAUUAUGUAGCUUUGAAAACCGACUUGCAGAAAAUUGGCUAUCCUUUGGAGUAUAUACCCAAAUGGAAGGACAUCUUGGAUGAGAUUAAGCGCAGCGAAUUAAUUGGCCUAUAUUGCUCUUUAUGCGAAUUGCCUUUAAUAGCCUUGCGGAGGACAACAGCACAACAUUUUACGCUUCAAACUUUUGAACAACCUCAAGAGAUGGCAAGAAUGCGUCUUAUUAUGUAUGACAAUGAGAGAGUGAGAGAUAUGUUGUUGUAUACUUUAAAAUAUUUCGAGGAAGUUGGAGUUUUAUAGAAAAUAGAAUUGAUUUUUUAAACUUA